ACAAAUUAGUGCUUAUGUUCACAACCAAACGUCAGACAUUGCAUUGGGACGGCUGCUGCUGUUGCGCCUAGAAACUAUAGCGAACCAACCUUUCACAGAUACCUCGUGCGUUGGACACGCUUACUCCGCGGCCAUGACAAAUCACAAGGGGCGCUAUCUUGAAGGUCUCUCAGUGUCGCUGAAGGCGGUUCACGAGCAGGGUGAUGACAUUCAGAGUGCCGAUUUCGCGCGGCUGUGUGACCACAUCCUGGAGGCCUUCGACCACCUGGGAACGAUUAUGUACUUUGCAAAAGUGGAAAUGGGCGGCAAGGUGGAGUCCAUCCGCAAGGUGUCAGCGCAGCUGAAAACCCUCCGUGAGGUGGUGGACGCGGACGUGCGCGCCGGUCGCGCCACCACAAAGGGCAGCUGCGCGCGCAACCUGCACCGCCUGAUGCUGGUCAUCACCUUCGUGCGCCUGCUGCUGCAGCAGCUGCUGGACAGCCCCAGCACGCAGCUCAAGGACGCGUUGUGGGUGGCGUACAAGGGCUCGCUGCACCCCAUCCAUACCUACAUGGUGCAGACGGCUGUGUGGGCAGGUCUGGGCAUGGUCCCCAGUCGCGCCGCCUUCAUGGCCUCCAUCGGCGAGGAUGAGGACAGCGCGCGGCAGCACGUGCCCGAGGUGCUGGCGGCGGCGGCCGAGCUGGCGGGCCGGCUGGAGCGCAUGUACGGCGGCACGGUCAUGCCCGCCUCCGACCUCACCUACAUCCCCGCCGCGCCCGCCGCAGCAGGCGCGACCAUGUAGGAAGGCGAGGGAGGUGCGGGGUUGCCGCGAGGUGGUGGGGGUUGGUGGUGAUGGUGGUGGUGAUGGAGGCGGGGACAGGGUAGUGGGCUUGAGUUCCAUAAUACGGUGAACGGAAUCGGUUUGCGUUGAGGGGGGCUGGUGUAGUGCGCAGUGAGGUGUGGGGGGAUUUUGGUGAAGGGAUGGGGAGCAGGCAUUAGGUGGCAGGAGUGAUUGUAACGUGGACGCCGCCCAGCAGGUAGGCUGGUGGUGAUGGCAUGUCCAUGGCUGGGUUGCGGCGCACAUGGCUAUGGGCGCGGCAGGUGGUUGACGGGCGCGGAGAUGGCCAGUAAGUUGAAUGCUUGCACUUGUGCAUACUAGACGCUUUGCCGAAGGCGGUAGGGGGUCGAGUCGUAUAUAUUGUAUAAGCGUGCGUUCUAAGAGCAGGGGAAGGACGCAUAGUGAAAUGCAGAUCCGGGCGUUGAAGUUGCCGGUACGGUAUUCAAUUCGAGUAGAGUUCUUCUAGGUGGUGGAGUCUGGAGGACAGGUUGAUCCUGUCCUCAAGCCGUCAGGCCUAGGUCCAUGAUGUGAGGAGCUAGAUAGGUUGAUCCCGUUUCAGCGCUAGCCCUCUUACACCGUCCUGGUGCCCGUCUGUCCUAGGCGCAAGCUCAACACAUUGUUUGCAUAUGGGGACGCCACGUUGGCGAGAAAGCCACGGAUGGCCCUAGUACACCAGGGGGGCAUGUCGCAAUGGCUGUGGUGGGUGAUAAGUGGGAGGCGUGGGUGGGUGCAACGGCGGCGACGGUGAAAGGGAUAGCAUGCAGGUGGCUUGAGGCUCAGUGAGUCGCGUGGCGGGCGCUGCUGCCGCUUGGGGGCUGGACCUCACUGGCCGUGUAACACGUCCAUCGU